UCAUAACGCAUCACUGUGUCCUGUUUUCUGCCUGCAAUCACCAUAACUAACUGCUCUGCAAAAUCAGAAAAAGAAACUGCCUUUGUAGUACGAUUCAGCGUUGUUCGCGUUCUCAUGUUGAUCAGGAAAAUGCCUCAUCUCUCCCUCUCCUCCCGAUUCCAGCAAUCCAUCGCGCCAGAUGCUCUCCGAUCGUAUCUCGCAGAAUUCAUCUCCACUUUCUUCUUCGUGUUCUCUGUCGUCGGUUCUUCCAUGGCUUCCAAGAAACUGACACCUGAAGCAGCGGGCGACACAUCCGGCCUAAUAACAGUAGCCAUCGCCAAUGCCUUCGCCCUCUCCUCCGCCGUCUACAUCGCCGCAGGAGUUUCCGGAGGACACGUCAACCCCGCCGUCACGUUUGGAAUGGCCGUCGGCGGCCACAUCAGCGUCCCUACCGCACUCUUCUACUGGCUGUCUCAGAUGCUGGCCUCCGUCUUCGCUUCUCUCAUUCUCCGAGUCAUGACUGUUUCUCAACGUGUUCCGGCGUACGCGAUUGCAGAAGAAAUGACCGGAUUUGGGGCUUCGAUGCUGGAAGGGCUUUUGACAUUUGUGUUGGUGUACACGGUCUACGCUUUUAGUGACCCGAGACGUGGGCCGUUCGGGGCGAUUGGGCCGCUGGUGAUUGGGCUCACGGCUGGAGCGGGUGUGUUGGCGGUGGGGCCGUUCUCCGGCGGGUCGAUGAACCCGGCUUGUGCUUUUGGGUCGGCGGUCAUUGCCGGGAAGUUCAAGAACCAGGCGGUUUACUGGGUCGGGCCGUUGAUCGGAGCGGCGGUUGCGGGGCUUGUUUAUGACAAUGUUGUGUUCCCUCCCGAUGAUGCUGCUGAAUCCAUUAGAGGGGUUUCCGAUGGUGAUGGAGUUUGAUUUCAGAUAGUGACAUUUUCUUUGUAAUUCUGCUGGACCUGUUUGUAAUAAUUUCCCGGUUUUUAUGUUGUUUUAGGACUUUUUUUUCCAUUGUUCAUGUUUGUAAUUAUUAGACUGUAUUGCAUUAAGCUAUUAACGGUUGGUAUAGUUUUAUUCGUACUAGAGAA